CAGCAACUGUCUCCUUAGGAAUUGUUCAUACAGAACCAAACUGAACUGGAAGUGCAGGAGCACACAGUCAGGACUGGAACACAGCGGGAACACAGGCAGUGAUAGCGCAGAAUAAAUACAGGCAAAUCAUUGAAUCUCAAAUCUGAACUACAAUAUAGCUUAUCCCAUCAACAUGUGCUCCUCGAAAGAACUUGAAUUUCCACAAAUACUUUUUGAAUAUUGUCAUGGAUUUUUUAUCUCAAAGACUAUAUUUGCAGCAUGUGAACUGGGAGUUUUUGAUUUACUACAUGAAGUACAGGAACCCAUUCCAGCAGCAACCAUUGCUUCUCGCUUGAGCACCACUGAAGAUGGAAUGGAGCGCUUGCUUGAUGCCUGUGUUGGACUGAAGCUUUUAAAAGUUGACUUGAAAAAUAACAAAGGUUAUUAUUCCAAUACCGAUGUUUCCACCAUGUACUUGGUAAAGUCCAGUCCUAAGACACUCUAUUACAUGGCGAUGUAUUUCUCUAAAGUCACAUAUAUGUGCUGGCACUUCUUACCACAGGCUGUAAGAGAAUCAAAAUGUCAGUAUGAAAGGGCUUUUGGGACGACUUCCAAGGACUUAUUUGAAACCAUGUACAGAUCAGAAGAGGACAUGACAACUUUUAUACAUUUUAUGGACUCAACAUGGAAUAUUUGUGGAAAAGAUAUUGUACAAGCUUUUGACCUCUCUGAGUUCCACACAGUCUAUGAUCUUGGAGGAUGUACAGGAAGUCUUGCAAAACAACUUGUAUCUACAUAUAAGGAGUCAACAGUCACCAUUAUGGACCUGCCAAAAGUUGUGCAAGCAGCUAAGAAGCAUUUUGCUACAGAUAAGGAGCAGAAGAUACAUUUCCUUGAAGGAGACUUUUUUAAUGAUCCUUUACCUGAGGCAGACCUGUUUAUCGUGGCCAGGGUUAUUCAUGACUGGACAGAAGAAAAAUGCAUCAAACUACUGACGAAGAUGUAUCACUCUUGUAGACCUGGUGGGUUAGCACCGGUGCACACUCACAGUUUUUUAGGUUGCUGGGCAGAGAUCAGUCAUGUCACAUUCUUCCAAGAGGUAGCUGCUUGUCUUGGUCAGAUUGCAGGGACAUUGAAGUUGGUCAGAGUAGAUGGGAAGAUGGGUGGAGCUAAAUACAAGGCAAUCCUGGAGGAAAACCUGGUAGAGGCUGCAAAAAGACUUGAAGGAAAAUGA